CUCCCCCAAAUCUUUAGACCUAAUAGAAAUUGUUUUUCUCAACCUUCUCUUAUAUUUCGAUUCAAUCGAUCUAUCUCUCUAAGGAAGAGAAGAAGAAAUUCUAUAUCUUUCGAUAGCCCUAAUUUUUGGCAUAGUUUCACUUGAUUCUAUCUCCCAAUCAUCCUUUUUCCAAUUCUGGGUUUUUUUAAUCAAGCCCAAAUAAUGAUUUUCUGAACAUUUCAUCAAGAAUCCGAGGUUGACCUGUGGAGCUUUUUCGGUAUUAAGGUUUGAAGGGCCGGUGACGAAAUUAAGUGGAAUGUGAAUUGCAUGGGGUGAAGAUGCCAGACUUGCGUAGAGGAGCUCGGAGGUCGAAACGCCUUGAUGAUCAGCAGCCUCUCCAACCGGCUGAUCAAGCGGAGGAUGGUGCGCAGCCUGUUCAAAACCGAACCAGGAGGAGAGGAAGAGGGAGGGGUAAAGCUACAGGUGUAGCCAAAGGGCCCUCACCAGUGGUACCCACAAGGCCAACAGUUGCUGGUAGAGGCCGGGGUAUUAGGUUGAUAGAUUUAGACCCUGAGCCUUGUCAAGUUCUUCCUGCGGCUGCGCCUUUGGUUGCUGCUGAGCCAGCUUUUAACCAAGUAGAGGUCGUGGCCAAUAAAGAUAUUCCAAUGGAGGGUAGAAGUGCUGACAAAAUAGUCGGAGUUGACGAAGAAGCUAGUACAACCCCGGUCCCUGAUAGGGUACAAGUGGGUAAUUCUCCUGUAUAUAAGGUAGAAAGGAAAUUGGGUAAGGGUGGUUUCGGCCAAGUUUAUGUUGGCCGAAGGGUAAGUGGUGGUAGUGGUAGAACUGGACCAGAUGCAAUCGAGGUAGCCUUGAAACUUGAGCACCGUAACAGUAAAGGUUGCAACUAUGGUCCGCCUUACGAGUGGCAAGUCUACAAUACCUUAAACGGGUGCUAUGGGAUUCCUUGGGCACAUUACAAGGGUAUUCAGGGAGACUUCUACGUUCUGGUGAUGGAUAUGCUCGGUCCUAGUCUUUGGGAUGUUUGGAAUUCCUUGGGACAAUCGAUGUCACCAAAUAUGGUUGCUUGCGUGGCGGUCGAGGCAAUAUCGAUUCUUGAAAAGCUUCAUUUAAAGGGGUUCGUGCAUGGAGAUGUGAAGCCUGAGAAUUUUUUACUAGGUCGACCCGGAUCAGCCGAUGAGAAGAAGCUAUAUCUUAUUGAUCUUGGUUUAGCUUCUAGAUGGAAGGAUGCACGCUCGGGUCAGCAUGUUUGUUAUGAUCAGAGGCCUGAUGUAUUCAGGGGAACAAUUAGGUAUGCUAGUGUACAUGCCCAUUUAGGUCGGACUGGAAGUCGUAGGGAUGACCUUGAGUCGUUGGCGUACACCUUGAUAUUUCUAAUAAGAGGACGGUUACCAUGGCAGGGUUAUCAGGGGGAUAACAAGAGUUUUCUGGUUUGCAAGAAAAAAAUGGCUACUUCAGCUGAGUUGAUGUGUUGCUUUUGUCCCCCACCAUUUAAGCAGUUCCUUGAAGCUAUUUCGAAUAUGAAGUUUGAUGAGGAGCCCAAUUAUGCCAAGCUCAUAUCCUUUUUUGAUAGCCUAAUUGAACCAUGCAUGCCGUUACGGCCAAUUAGAAUCGACGGAGCUCUUAAGGUUGGACAAAAGCGGGGAAGAAUAGUCAUUAAUUUGGAAGAAGAUGAACAACCUAAGAAAAAAGUUCGAAUUGGUAAUGCUGCUACUCAGUGGAUCUCCGUUUAUAAUGCUCAUUGUCCUAUGAAGCAAAGAUACCACUACAAUGUAGCUGAUAUGAGGUUGAGCCAACAUGUCAAUAAGGGUAAUGAAGAUGGGUUGCUUAUUAGUUCUGUGGCCUCGGCCGCUAAUCUCUGGGCUCUGAUCAUGGAUGCGGGAACCGGUUUCUCUUCCCAGGUUUAUGAAUUGUCGACAGUCUUCCUGCACAAGGAGUGGAUUAUGGAGCAAUGGGAAAAGAAUUACUAUAUCACCUCGGUUGCUGGGGCAAAUAACGGGAGUUCCUUGGUUGUUAUGUCGAAAGGGGCUCCUUAUACCCAACAGUCCUACAAAGUGAGUGAAUCUUUUCCGUUCAAAUGGAUAAAUAAGAAGUGGAAAGAAGGUCUUCAUGUAACAUCAAUGACCACCUCCGGAACUCGCUGGGGUGUUGUAAUGUCAAGGAACGCUGGAUUCUCCGAUCAGGUAGUGGAGCUCGACUUUUUAUAUCCAAGCGAAGGAAUACAUCGGCGAUGGGAGAGUGGUUACAGAAUAACAUCAAUGGCUGCAACUGCGGAUCAAGCUGCCUUCAUACUAAGCAUCCCGAAGGGAAACACGGCGGACGAUACUCAGGAAACCCUGCGAACAACCGCCUUUCCAAGCAACCAUGUUAAGGAAAAAUGGGCUAAAAAUCUAUAUAUUGCGUCGAUCUGUUACGGUCGGACGGUCUGCUAAUCCCGACCUGUACAUUCCGACUUUAUCCGAAAAGAAAACUGCAAAAAUGUUCAGUUUUCUAAAGCCGUUCGAGUAUUUUUCGUCUCGAGUUUGGUUAAUCCUGCUCUAUAAUCUUCUCAUAUGUGAAUGGAGAAAGGGGACAAAUAAAUUUUUUAAAGAGGGAA